GUCCACCCUUCAGUUUGACUCCUCAGACUCGUUAGUUUCUUCCUCAUUUCCAUGCAGUCGAUGGUUUCCACUCGUCCCACCAUGUCGGGAGUUUGCAGAGCUUCAGUCUUUGUGUCGGCUCUGGUUUUCUGCGCUGUUUUUCUAACCACAGAGGCGCAGACUCCUUCUCCAGCUCCGGCUCCCUGUGCAUUGAGCUCCAACACCACUUGUGCUGAAUGUCUGCAAAAUGUGGCAUGUUUAUGGUGCAGCCCAACCAAACAAUGCCUCGACUACCCAGUGGGAAACAUCCUGCCCCCCAGGAGUGUGUGUCCACUGAAUGAUGCACGGUGGGGGCUGUGCUGGGUAAACUUCCAGAUUUUGAUCAUCACCAUGUCAGUGCUGGCUGCCGUCAUCGUCAUUUCCAUUCUCGUUUGCUGCCUCUGCUGUUGCAAGUGUGAAAGGACUGGAAACCAGCGAGAAGACGCAAAGGCGGAGCGACAAACCCGUCUGAGGAAAGCCCGUCAAAAAGAGAGGUCAAAAAGAGGACAGAAAUGCAGCUGAGACACGAUGAAAUCAGGCAGAAAUAUGGUCUGGCAAAGGAUAAUCCAUACGCCCGUAUGGACGAUCAUUAAGAAGAAUGUCAGCUAUGAUUCUUGAAAGAACAUCCCUUAAGAUGAUCGUACCGAUGCCGUACAUGAUCCAUAUGUAGCCUGUGAUAAACUGUGAUUAUCUCAAUGGAUUUCAGUGAGUUGGUGUCCUCACCAAGAUGCUCUGAAAUCAUUUUGACUGUGUGUGCACUAUAUUUCAAACAUGAUCUCGUCACCUAAUGUUUCAUUUUUUAUACAUGUUGCUCUCUGUCAUUAUGCUAGAUUAAUAUACCUUUAAUUCUGAUGUAAAUGAUUAUAGGGAAAUCCACUCAGUUAACUUGUUUUUCUGUCCACCGUGAUAUGCAAAAAAUGCAGUAUUUUAUGAUUUCUACUUCUUAUGAGCAUCAGUGCAUGUAGUGCUUCUUUUAUAAUUAGCAGUUUCAUUUUUAUACUAUAUUUGUAAUACACACAAUUUUACUGGUUGUCAUUCAUGUCUAAGGUACAACAUUUUAUUUUCUAUGAAGGUUGAUUCAUAACAUGUAACAACAUGUACACGUUAUUUUGUUUGUUUGUUUGUUUGCUAUUUUAUUUGUUGACAAAUAUCAGAAUGGCAAACUUUAUUGGAUAAAGUGUUCUUGAACUACA